GUGGAUAUACAUACUUAAAAGGAGCGGGAUAUCAACAGCACAUCUACCUAAUUCUUGAAUUUUACGAAAUCUAAAGGGUAAUGCUGACUCAUAUUUCUAGGUAUUAGCUACCUAAGUGUUAAUAGAUGAAAUAUCCUUCUCAAUUUGUAUUACCUUAGGUAGGUACUUGUGGCUGCCUGUUGGUGCUCGCGUAUGACUGAGCAGGUAAAGCGUAACUCGGCGUUAGUGUCGAUCAUCUGUUCACUGAUGACAAACCUGAUUUGAACCGUUGGAUCAUAGCCUACCUAGGUACACCUUCAUUAAAUAGCUGCCUAGGACAUUGGCAUCUCUUUUUCCUAUGUAGAUUUAUGUAGAUUUCGAUAAAUACGACUUUCAGUCGAGCCCAACAUGGCAUCUCAGAGUACGAGUAAGGCCGACGGUCGUAUCGGUGAGUCUAGGUUCUUCCGUUGCCACACAAAGGAUCCCAUCAUACGCAUCAACACGAUCGCCUCCGUCGUCUACCUCUUGUUUACCACGAGGAGUCCUUCCCCGCCAAAAGAGAAGAAAGACAAGCCGACCAAGCGAUUGGUGAACGGACAGUGGACAGGCUAUGCGUACCGGACCCCUACGACUGUUUAUAAACUGUACCGCGAUUCACCUCUUAUCGACGAAUUUAAAAGCCUGGCGAACGAAGAUGACCAAAAAGAGUUCAUCAAGAAGCACGGUAUCGCCCAGCCUCGUCGCUAAUAACGUGUUUCUUUAUAACCAAAUAGUAGUACAUCGGAAAUGGGAGCGGAUCGUUCACGGGGACGGGAGUAUUCGAUUUAUGGCUUUCGUCCGGGGGGGCUCGAUAUUCGGUCGCUCGGGGGUGUAGCAUUGGUAUCGUUUCUUAUUUAACAGUGAGGAUGAGAAAAGAUAUUAGGUACUAGGGGAUAACUAUGUGAUGUAGAAUCUGAGACGGUAUCUUUACAGGCAAAAGCAGAUUUAAUUGUAAAUGAUGCGUGCCCGGACC